UGCUGACAAAUAUACAUUAAAUUGUUACUAAGACUGUUUCAAAAUCUUGAGGUUACAGCAAUCAUCAUAUUCACAAAAUCCUGAUUAAGAAAACACUUAUUUGUUUUUGCAAAACAAUCAAAAAUCUUUAGAGGAAGUUUGAAACCAAUGUUUGAUUAACAAGCAGAAUCCGAAAAACAAUGAUUAAACUGCACUUACGGAGCUACCAACGCGAGGAUUUGGUUUCCCAAGCCAAGUUUGAGGAUGACCUAGAUGCUGUUCCUGAGUCGUGCAAAAGUUGGGGGAAAAUCAAGAAAAUUGUCACUUCUUACUUUUGCCAUGUCAAAGAAUACGACUUGAACCGAUUCGAUUUGAAGACCAAAUUGCUAUUUUUGAAUCGAAUUGCUGAUUAUCUCGAGAAGCAUAAGGACAACGAAAUCAAAUUUUGGCAACUUUUGAACCGACUGGCGCUAGUUGAAUUAAUAUAUGGGUACAUGCUUAACCAGAAGGAGAGCUAUUUUGCAGAACCGAUGCACUCGAACUUAAAUGAGCUCUAUGGGUUGCUAAUCAACGGUUCGGAAAGAUGCAAGGAAAUCCGAGACAAGAUUAUAACUAUGGGUCUCCAUAGGUUCAUUAUACGAGACAUGGAGCAUCCCUCGAUCCAGGGUCGUGUUCUGAAAUACAACGGGAACCGAAGUUCAUUUGAACUUACACGUUGCGAUGAAGCUCUCGACACGCUGUUUACAGUUAUCUACAAUGUUCUACGCUACAACCCAGAUUCGCAGAAGACGAUUCGUAACGAAGGCAUCUGUCGGAUCUGCAUGUUGUACCUCGGAAGUGCGUUCAAUAUCCCAGGAGUGAAAGCGAUUGCUCUUUUAGUGUUGUCUUUAUCAGCUGAUUUGGACUCAGAACAGGAAAUAGUUCAAGCCACGGAAUGUAACAUCAAGUACGUAGUUUGCAACCUUCUUGAAAACGCGGUCAAAACAGCCUCAAGGCGAAAUGAAGAAGGCUAUACAGUCGAAGAACUACUAGACUGCUUAACACGACUCGCCAAAAACCGAAACAAUGCCACCGAGUUGUUAAAAUGCAACAUUGUUAAAAUAUGCUGCAAAAUUCUCAACGAGGACUCGGAAGAGCUAGAAGUAAAAAGAAGUCUUUGUCUAAUUUGGUCGCUGAGCUUCCUCGACGAAGGUCAAAAAUCUCUGAAAAAGCAUGAAAUGAUUUUGGAAAAGAUUAAAAGCUUGAUCGAGAGUGAAAACACUGAUAUUUCAAGCGCUGCUAAAGGUAUUUUGUGGGAACUAGGGCUGAUCGAAUGUUCGAGAUGUGAAGAAAGCUCCGAAGAGGUCAACAACAACCAGUUGGACGAUGAUGCUUCGACUCAUGUUAUGAUAAGUUACUGCUGGAAACAACAACCAAUCGCUUUGAAGUUGUUUGAGAGAUUGAAGAACAAUGGUAAAAAGGUGUGGAUCGAUAUUGAAAAAAUGGAGGGCGAUUCGUUGGAAAAAAUGGCGGAUGCAGUCGAAAAUUCAGAAUUCGUUGUUUGCUGUUUUUCAGAAGAUUACAGCAAUAGCCAAGCCUGUAGGUCAGAAGCGACUUAUGCUUACAAGCAGAAGAAAAAUAUCGCAUUUGUGAAAACGCAACCUGAUUUUGAACCCAAAGGGUGGCUGGGAUUAAUUUUGGGAGCUGAAAUUUAUUACCAGUUGUGCAGUGAUUCGGAGUUUGAGACAAAUUUUCCAAAAUUGAUAAGAUUUAUUGAAGGAAAAAACACGAGUUUUGAAAAUAAUGACGAAACGGAUUCGGCUAAAGGGAUCUAUUUUUGAAAAAAUAAAUACAUU